AUGACGAACUACCGCGCCAACAUGCUCUAUAAGCAUGAUGCUGAGGCUGUUAGGUUGGGCAGCCAACUGUGCAUUUUCAGCGUGUUGGCACCUCAGCGCCGGCUAAUCAUUAUUCUCUUUAACUUGACCCACUGGUCGCCAGCCAAUGACCUUCAUCCAAGUGUCACUCCACCCCUCGGAGCUGCUGGAAUGCAAGGCGUGACCUCUUCUGCGGCCAAGGGACAGGCCGAGGGAACUUUGGCAGGCGUCCCGUCACUAUCUGUUGGGUUCCACCAGCGAUCUCGGUUUUUUGCCGUCGAAUACGUCUCGGCCGCAUACUGGCUGAAAUUGCUGAUGUCCAGAAAGACUUGGGGCGCAUUAGCGCAGAAGGUCAGCAAGCAGAGGUCAGGCAACACGUCAUUGAUUGGCCUUUAUAGGAACGGGAAGUCUCCCUACCAUCGCGUAGGGCUUCAGCGAGUCCAUACCUGGAGUACUCUGCACACCUUUGGUCCCCAUUACCUAGCGGAGGAUCGUAUUUGUGAAGUUUCUGGCUCCCGUGAUCAGGAGGUGACCCCCGUAUCGAAAUUGGAGUUGUCAUCUGAGCCAAUUUUUCUUACAGAUAAAAUCUGUGAUCAAAUUAGUGAUGCUGUUUUGGAUGCCCACCUCAAACAAGAUCCUGAUGCCAAAGUUGCUUGUGAAACAGUUGCAAAAACUGGGAUGAUUCUACUGUGUGGUGAAAUUACUUCCCGCGCAUCUGUUGAUUACCAGAAGGUUGUGAGAGACACCAUCAAACAUAUUGGAUAUAAUGAUUCUUCGAAAGGCUUUGACUACAAGACCUGCAAUGUUCUAGUUGCUUUGGAGCAACAGUCCCCCGAUAUUGCACAAGGUGUUCAUUUGGAUAGGAAUGAGGAAGAUAUUGGUGCUGGAGAUCAAGGUCUUAUGUUUGGUUAUGCAACAGAUGAAACUGAAGAGUGCAUGCCUUUGACUAUUGUCCUUGCUCACAAACUGAACGCUAAGAUGGCAGAGUUGCGACGUAAUGGUACUCUGCCCUGGCUUCGGCCAGAUUGCAAAACUCAGGUGACGGUGCAGUACCUGCAGGACCACGGUGCUGUUAUUCCAAUCCGUGUGCACACGAUUGUGAUCUCGGUCCAGCACGAUGAAGACGUUCCCCUGGAUGAGAUGAGGGAUGCUCUGAAGGACAAGGUUGUCAAAGCUGUCGUGCAUUCCAAGUACCUGGACGAUGAGACCAUCUACCACCUGCAGCCCAGUGGACGUUUUGUUAUUGGUGGACCACAGGGAGAUGCGGGCCUCACUGGGCGAAAGAUCAUUGUUGAUACCUAUGGUGGAUGGGGUGCACACGGGGGUGGUGCUUUCUCUGGCAAGGACUACACCAAAGUGGAUCGCUCUGCUGCCUAUGCUGCUCGAUGGGUUGCCAAGUCUCUGGUAAAGGCUGGCCUGUGCAGACGUGUCCUUGUGCAGGUGUCAUAUGCCAUUGGAGUGGCACACCCUCUCUCUGUCUCCAUCUUCUCCUAUGGGACCUCAGAAAUGAGUGAGAAGGAACUGUUGGAGGUGGUGAAGAAGAACUUUGACCUUCGUCCUGGUGUUAUCGUCAGGGACCUGGAUAUGAAGAAACCAAUUUACCAGAAGACUGCAGCCUAUGGCCACUUCGGUAGGGAUAGCUUCCCCUGGGAAGUGCCUAAAAAACUUAAGUACUGAGUGUAAAGUCUUUCUCCCCAGACUUGUUGGUGUAUAAUACAGAGAAGCUGCAGGCUCUCGGGGAGAAAGGCCCCUUCCCAUAUAUCCUGUCCACCCAUAAACCCAUACGCUGCUAGUCACAGGAUCUUUCUUCUCUUUUCCCCACACUCCCUGUUAGAGCUUUGUCCUUGAACACCCACCCCACCAUCCCUGUGCUAGCCACUGCAUUGCUAAUGUGUAGUUUUGUUUAGCUGGGCGAGGGUUGAAAGAGGGACCAUGAACUAGGGGAUCGAACUUUGAAUUUCCAUGUUCUAGUUGGGGUUUGGAUCACCUGACACUACACUGUCCCAGUUACAGCUUGUAACCCUAGUCUGCAAGACUGCUUUUUUGCAUACCUUGUCCCAAAUGAAACCUGUAGUGUUGCUUAUUCAUGGAAGUGAUAACCUAUUUGUCAGUGCUGUACCCAAACUUUGGGGCACAUCUAGUAAUGGUGCUUAUUGUGUGGUUCCAACCCUUCAAUGUAACUUAAUGUCCUGGACACUUAAACGUGCAGUCCUGUUUUUGGAUUAGUGACCAGUUUUAAUUUUUCUCCCCCCCCCCCCCCACUUUUUUUUUUUCUUUUGAAGGACGUACGUAAUGAUUUUUAAAAAGCAAAAAGGGUUUUUAAGGAAUUGACAACAGCUAUGCAUUGUUGUUUCUGCACUAGCCAAACCUCAUUUUUAAACUCUUAUUUUCUUUGUACAGGCCCUUGGUGGCCCUGACCUCUUGGAGGUCAAGGGCAGUUUCCCAAGGUCUGUGGGUUGCACACUUUGGUACUGUUUCUCUUCAAGGAAUGAAUCCAUAACUGCACAAUGAGCUCCUGAGUUUCAGACAGAUGGAUAUUGCAGCCAUUAUGAAAGCUGGUGUCGAUACAGAGAAGCCAGCAAGGUGUGAUGGCUUAAGGAAUUGAAUCUUCAUACUUGAAUAAUAUUACGUUCCUAUUUAUUCUGAGACUUGGCGUAGUUACAGAGAAGCCACUGUCUCAGUUGGCAGCUUAAAAGAUACAUUUUUUUUUAGAAAAGAUUAUAUAUUGCAAUUCCUUCAGUCCCAGUAUCCCUGGUAGGCCUGAGGUGUCCUACAGAAAUCCCUUGGGCUCAACCUACAAGGGGUCUGGCUGGUGUUAAACACAGGGGCAGGCGAGUGCAGCAGUUGCUGAAGGGCCUCUUGGCUGGUGUUGUACAGAGAAGCCAGCCUGUUUACAUGCUCUCAGCUGCUGCUGUGAUCGGCAAGUGCCUUUUUGUAACUUGGCAGUUAUUACGUAUGUCUGUUAUCAGAAGUCCAAAUACUGAGAUCUCAAUAAAGAGCUAGGUUCUCCACAA